AUGUGGAGCUGCCCUUGGAGCUGAGUAGCAGCAACACAAUCACAAGGCAAUCUCCUUAAAUGAAUGGGGGAGAAGAGGAGGAGGAGGUGCAGCAAGGUGAUGAGCGUGCACUGUCUCUUCGGCCUCGUGCUACAAGUGCUCGCGGGAACCGACCAGAUUUGCAGCAAUAACAUGAGAGCAUUCAAGUACCUGCAGCAGAGGAGGAAGGAAGGGGGAGAAGGAAGACUCAGCCCCCAAUAGGUUGAGCUAUGACCGGCUUGGAGGACCAGCCAACUCAACCUUGACCGGUUCGGCUCUCAUGCUAGGCGAUGAUACGGAAGAUGAAAGCGAGGAGUGCGCUUCUGCCCUCUUCUCUCCGCUGGAGAUGCCGGAGGAGCCUACUAAUCCCAAGGAGGCUUGGGAGGGCCCCAAUGGGAAGGAGUGGAAGAAGGCCUCAGAUGAAGAAAUGGGGAGCAUCAUAAAGAACGACACAUUUGACUUGGUGAAUCUACCUCCGGGGCGGAAGGCGAUCUCUUCCAAGUGGCUCUUCAAGCGCAAGACCGAUGCCGACAGCAACAUUGAGCGCUAUAAGAGCAGACUUGUAGCCAAGGGGUACCAUCAGCAAAAGAAGAACGACUACAAUGAAGUAUAUGCUCAAGUGGUGAAGGGUACAACCCUUCGAACGCUCCUCGCCGCGGCGGCCAUCAAAGGAUGGGUUGUGAAGCAAAUGGACAUCGUAACAGCCUUCCUAAACGGAGUUUUGGAGGAAGAGACCUACAUGGAGCAGCCAGAGGGGUACAACAAUGGGAUUGGCAGAGUGUGGAAGCUGAAGAAAGCACUCUAUGGCCUCAAGCAAGACCCUAGGCAAUGGUACAUCAAGCUGAGGGAAGUCUCGGCUUCACUCCCUCAACGGCCGAUCAAUCUUUGUCCAUGCUUGGCGAGGCGAGAUGUGGAGAAGCGAUGGAUGCGAGUGCAUCAAAAGAAGUACUUGGAGGCCUUGGCUGCAAACUUUGGGAAGAGUGAAGGUCAUGUAACUACUCCUCUUCCCUCGGGGUUCAAGUGUGUGAAAGGACCAGGGGAGGAAAAUUUUGGUGAAGAGGAGAGGCACCUUUUUCACUCCUUGGUGGGCAGCCUCAUGUAUGUGGUCGUUCACACAAGGCCAGAUGCAGCCCUUGCUACCGGGCAGCAAGCUAGGGUUGUCCAAUGCCCUAAUGAAGAGCAGGUAGCAGAUGGAGAGAGAGUGGCCAAGUACCUUGGCCAAACAGCAACUAUUGGACUGCAAUACUCCGCAGCGGCACAAAGGCGUCAAAAGGGUGCGGAUGGAGUCGAACCCGGGAGGCUCUUUCUCACCGCCUUCUCUGAUGCAUCUUGGGCAUCAGAACCAGAGGAUAUGACAAGUAUGGGAGGCUUCAUCUGCUAUAUUGGUGGAGGACCAACAGUUUGGGAGAGCAAGAAACAAGUGGACCAAGCAUUGAGCUCGGUGGAGUUCGAGUACAUGGCACUCUUCUGUGCGAUAAGAGAGGUUGUGUGGUAGUGGCGUUUGCUAGCUGAAUUGGGGGAGGAGCAGCAAGGUACUACCCCACUUUAUUGUGAUAGCCAGGGUGCUAUUGCAUUGGCCAAAAACCUCGUACUUUAUGGCGUUACCAAGCACAUGAAGGUGAAGUGCCAUUGGGUGAGGAGCAUGGCGACUUCAGGUGAAGUGGAGUUGCACUAUGUGAAGACGACGGCGCAGCCAGCUGAUAUGAUGACCAAGAGGCUGGUUGAGCGGCAGCAUUGGAAGUGUUGCAAGCUUGCUGGGAUGGCUCUUAACUAAGGGGAGCAGAUCCUAAGGCCAACAAUCCGAGGGGGAGUUUGUUGGUGCAACCCUAUGGCUUGCACUCGGCUUGUCGUCCUUGUUUGUGUGUGUGCAUGCAUGGCAUGGAAUGAUUUGUGAGUCUAUGU